ACAAUCUCUCACGGUGUACGUUUGGGCGUGCCCUCGGGUGUACCUGCAACCAUGAUGACUUCACGUCUGAGGGAAAGGCGUCAAUAGGCAUAUAAAAAGACUGGGAGGCCAUUCCUGCCAUCAUACUUCGCUACCAUGUCUCCGAAGAUCUUGGCAAUUGCUUCGCUGUUUGCAGUGGCAACUGCUGACCGAUCACCAGCAUAUGGGGCUCCAACAUAUGCUCCACCACCACCAAAAUAUUCAGCUCCAUCCGCCUACAAGGAACCUGAAUAUCCUGAUGAACCUCCCAAGUACACGUACAACUAUGGUGUUGCUGAUGAUUAUUCCGGUAACAAUUUUGGCCAUUCAGAGGCUCGUGAUGGAUACAAGACCGAGGGUAGUUACAAAGUCAACCUUCCAGACGGACGAAUUCAGACUGUCACGUACACUGACAAUGGUGAUGGUCUAGUGGCUGAAGUUACCUAUGAAGGGGAAGCCCAGUACCCCGAACACAAGCCAGCUCCCUACAAGUCUGCUCCGGCUUAUGAACCAGCCCCAAGUUAUCAAUCUCCUCCUGCCUAUGCAUAAAAACGUCCUCAAUACAUUCUUAAAUAAUACUUAUACAUUGUGAUAAUCUUAAUGCAGCUUAGUGAAAAAAUGUUGUCAAUUUUCAAUCUUUCUGAAAUUGUCUUAAAAGUUAAUGAAAAAAUAAUCUUUAUUCUCUUCUUAGUCAGUCUCACCUUCAUUCAGACACGACACAAAAUUCCUGAUAUUUAUUUUUUAUUUAAACUUUCAAGUAAAAAGACAUUAGACAUUAUUGUUUUAUAUUUACACUGGUAUUUUCAUGAAAUUAAAGUUACUAUGCUUA